AUGGGUUCAGUCACCUACCGCGACGGCAUCUCCAUCCUGGAAUUGAUCGUUUAUCUGCCGUCUUUUUUCGUGGCCGCCUUCCUAGUCUCCCGUCAUGGCUUUCGCAAAACCGGCGGCUUUAUUUUCCUGGCCAUUUUCACGAUUUUUCGUUUAGUCGGCGCAUGCUGUGAGCUAGCGACCAUCAACAAGCCCUCAACGGGCCUCUAUGUCGCGGCCGCAAUUUGCAGUUCUAUCGGACUAUCUCCGCUAUUGAUGGCAUGCUCGGGCAUGCUCUCUCGAGUAAACGAAUCUAUCGAAAACAACACGACUCGCCCCGUUCUCCCUGAACUCGCCUUCAGCUUCUUCCGCAUUAUCACCAUCGUUGCCAUGGUUCUCAGCAUUGUGGGCAUUACAUCAAACAUGUCCCUCGAGGGCUUGAAACACCCGGAUAUCGAGGUCAAGAUCGGCAUGAUCUUGUACCUUGUCAGCUGGGCGAUCCUGAUCGCAUACCUAGGAAUUUUCUACAUGCGACGCUACUCAGUUGAGAAAGGCGAGAAACGUAACAUGGGAGCCGUGGCCAUCUCGGCGCCCUUUUUACUUGUGCGCAUCAUUUACGCCAUGCUGGUCUGGUUCAUUGACAACGACACGUUCGAUAUGCUUACUGGAAAUGUUACUGUGCAGCUGGUCAUGUCUGUGCUUGAGGAGAUUGCCGUUGUCAUCGUUUGCUUGGGUGUUGGGAUGACCUUAAAGGUUCGGGGAAGGUCUGCGCGUAAACAUGAGGAGGCCAGGGUGGGGGGCUAUAUGCUUCAAGGUCGAUGA